AAACCAAAAAAAAAAAACAAGUCAGACAGGCUGAUGGUGGCUGAUUGCAAUUUAACGCUACAAUAUUGUAAAUUUUACUUUGGAUUAGAUAUGAUCCAAAUAUUUCUUUGAUUGGAUAUGACGUGUGAAUUUUAAAUAGUUAUAAAUCUAUUUACGCUAAUUAGAUUUGUGGACCCAGUGGUGUUGUUCAUUUCGUUGUGACGUUAAAAUUUCACAGUCACCCAGUUAAUUUUGUGGUACACGUUAGACAGCUACUGAAGUUAAAAUGACCAUCGAAGACAAGGACGAAGCUGACAAGUGUAUUGAGAUUGCUCAAACUGCAUUUUUAUCAGGAAAUCUUGAAAAAGCAGAGAGAUUCUUGCUAAAAGCUGAGAGAUUAUUUCCUUCAACGAAGUCUAAAGAGUUUUUAUCGCGAGUUAGGGCUUCAGCAAGCUCUAGUUCGGAGCGUAAACGUACUCCGCCAUCUAGUCCCUCUGCCAGUAAUGAGGAAGUUCGCAGACGAAAAGCUCCUAAUCAUCAGGCUCCACAGAGAGAAUACACCUCAGAUCAACUGGAUGCAGUCCGUCGCAUCAAUACGAAAUGCAAAGAUUACUACGAAAUCCUUGGAGUGACAAAGGAAGCUACAGACUCGGACAUUAAAAAGGCAUAUAAAAAGCUUGCUCUCCAGCUGCAUCCCGAUAAGAAUCAUGCUCCCGGAGCUUCUGAAGCAUUUAAGGCAAUUGGUAAUGCAGCAGCUGUCCUAACAGACCCGGAUAAACGCAAACAGUAUGACCUUAGAGGUGAAGAGCCAGUUCAAACCACUCACUCUCAUCAUCAGUAUUAUGCUCGAGGGUUCGAGUCCGAUCUCACGGCGGAAGAACUGUUCAACAUGUUCUUUGGAGCCACUGCGUUCCCGGGCGGCGGACCGGCGGCGUACGCGCGGCGCCGGCAGCGCUCGCCGUCGCCGCGCGAGACGCACGCGGGGCUGGUGCAGCUGCUGCCGGUGCUGGUGCUCGUGCUGCUGUCCAUGAUGUCCGGCUUCUUCAUCAGCGAACCGGUUUUUAGCUUGACCCCCAGCUCCAAGUAUCCUGUCCCGAGAGAAACUGUCAAUCUGAAGGUACCAUAUUAUGUGAAGGAGAAUUUCCACACAGACUACCAAGGGUCACUGCGAAGGCUUGAAAUGGCUAUAGAGGAAGAAUACAUAGUGGGGCUGAGGCACGCGUGCCAGCGCGAGCGCAACUACCGCGAUAGCAUGGCGUGGAAGGCGCGCAACUUCGGGGACUCCAAGCAGUACGCCGAGGCGCAGAAGCUCAGGACGCCCAGCUGCGAGAAGCUGCAGGCCUUCCAUCGAUAGAUCUCGAAAUCUAUACCAGUGCGAUCGGCAGUGUCGACAGUGAUCCCCAAACCAUGGCACCUUCCAUCUAUAGAUCAAAUGAUCUAUAACAGCGUGAUCUCCAAACUGUGGCACAAUUAUUGUCCUAUGUUCUCUACCACCAGCAUACUGAAGGACCUGUAUAACGCCACGAAACAGCACAACUGUUUCGGUGGCGAUGUAUUGGUCCAAUGAAGCCACGUUGAUGUUGUGAUGCGUAUUGAUGAAGAGGAGAGCUGGUGGCACGGAUACCUAAAACUUUAGAUACAGGAUGUUACUUCAAGCGGGAGUGUAGAACACUAUUUUUGUCUAUCUAUACACUAUGUAUAUAGAUAUUUUGUAACACCCUGUAAUAACUGAAUGGAAGUCACAGUAACGCAACGGAGCGAUGUGAUUUCGCUAUGUUGCGUGUUGAAUUUGAAUGUAUUCUAUUAGAGUACCUGGCGUCAACUGAUCCCAAAAAAAAAACUAAAGACGAGCCAAAUGAGAUAAAUGAUUCUAUAUGGCCUGAUCUGGCUGAACUCAUAAAAAUGGCACACUGUGAAGGAAAAAGAUAUUAGCACUCUGUCCCGUUUCUACUAGUGUAUUAUAUUACUAUAAAGAUAUAGCGAAGUCUAUAGUUUUCUCUGUCUACGACUGAUCCAAAUGCGAUAGUGCGAGUUUUCAAUUCGCUUUUCACUAUAGAUUCUUUUCGCAGUGAGAUCAAAGUCGGUGGCGUGCUUUCAGACCGUACCGGAUCAGUAGACCUCAGCUUUUGUGCCACUGGUUUUGCUCUAAAACUACUUGUAUAUCGAUAUCACAUCACAUUGACUCGCCAGUUAUGUCCACUACUAAAAAGGGUAAUCCCCGUUUAGACCCAAUUUAAGGGAUGUGAUUUUGACUAAUAACUAAUAUCCCACUAGUUAUAAAUGAGAAAGUUUGUUAUUCGGUUGAAUAACAAACUUUCUCAUAACUAGUGGGAUGUAUUAAAUUUCAUAGAAAUCCGUUCAGUACAUUUAAGUGUAACCACACUUAAACCUAUUGAACGGAUUUCUAUGAAAUUAUAUACAUGGGUAGAAUGUAACCUGGAAUAGCACAUAGGGUACUUUUUUGUCCUAAAAUUUCCACGAGAGCGAAGCUAGUAUUACUUAUGAAACAUAUAACGUAGAAGUCAGCUUCCGUAUUUUAAUUGCUGUUCCAAUUUUGGAAUAAAUUCUGUUUUAAAUAUGUUGAAUAAAAUUUAUUUUAUUUUGAAGUAUAUUAUUUUUACUUUACUACCUUCAGCAUAAUGAACUUCAUCUUUGUUUGGUCUCAUAAAAUCAUGCGAAAGUCAAAAUCAUGUUCCUAUACCUAAUGUAAAAAGUAUAAAUUAUAGGUAUAUUAUAGGCGCAUUAGAUACAUUUUGUUGGGAAUCAUUAGUCAUUAGGACUGGUGGUGGGUGACUUGGGGAUUUAUAUGAGUUGAAAGAACCAAAGAUAUUUGGAAUAAAAAAGAACUGGCAGCUAUAAAAUUAUCCCUUCAAGACAACGAGUUGUGAUUAUUUUUCGGACAGAUUUUUUCGAAAUCUUACAGCACUAGCUAUUUAUUCGACGUUUUACGUUGCAUAUUUAAAUGUGUUGAAAAACGUAUGACACACGCGUGCUUUGAUUAUUACACACUCUGCCUGUAUAUAAUAGCGCUCGGCUUUGACUUGCGCAAGAAAUCCAACUUCGUGUGUAAGAACCAAAAUUUGCACACUUGUAUCAUAAUGUUAACAAAAUGUUAUAUAUGUAACUAAAAUAUAUAAUAUUUGUCGCAAUAUUUUAGGAAUAGGGUGGAUGACAAUUUGUAAUUUUUUAUUUUGAUGACUAAUCGAAUGCCCUUAUAUUAUUAGAAACACCAGUGAUAACAACACACAACAAUACUUUCAAAGAUACGACAAAAAUAAAAUCACGUUUUUGGACUCGUCCAAACGCUCCAUACUAAAUGAUACUCUAACGUGAAAUUGACUUUCCAACCAAAUUUAAAUGUUCCUAUAAUGAUCCAGCAGCAUUGUUACAGUCUAUGAAUUGUCACAAUGGUCUUAAAUAUCUAUCUAGAGAAUACAACUUUUUUACCUUGUCAUCUACCCUAUUCAAAUCAUUGUAUGUUAUAUGUUAAUGUUUAUAAGUUUUGUAAUCUUUGUUAAUCUUUAUGUCAAGGCUCCCACGAGUCAGUAGCUAUACACCAUUAUUUUAGGUAGGUAAUUAAAAAGGUAAACCAUCUUGAAAAUUACAAAUUGUCUAAAUGACAUAAGUAAAUCGUUUAUUAUUAUACAAUAUUGUUUAUCUUUAAAUACCUAAUGGGCUAUAAUUUUAUCCGCAAUGUCAAAAGAUAUGUAAUUUAUAUUAUAAUUGUAUUGAUACUCAAUAAAACAAAAUUACUUAUAUUUAUUCAUUUAUUAUAAAAAAUAUAGUGAUUACAUAAGUUUAUAUCUAUAGAGUACAUUAUAACACCUAACUUGUAGAUAUGCCUGGAAAUAAGAUUCAUUUAAAUUUAGAACUGUUCUAACAAUUCAAUGUAGCUUUGGCACCAAUUAAUUUAUAAUCUUACCACUUAUUCAUAAAAAAGUUAACACCUGUUUUAACCAAAAUAUGUUUCAGCCCAAUUUUUUAUAACAGUAGUCAGCAACACGCGGCUCGAAGCAUUCUUUCGUAAACUCAACAUUUUAAGACUAGUCUUAAAAUAGUAGGAUUCAAGUUCACCUUGUAAUAAACAAGAGUUCUUUUUAAAGUCUAUAUGCAGUAUAGUAGAUGGAUGUGGAGUUAUUGAUUCUAUAAGACGUGACCAAUUGUACGCAUAUAGGAUUGAAUUUCUAGGCAUACAUUUACAAUGUGAUUCGACUUUACAUUAUGUUCCCACAUUGUGGCCCAUGACUGCCAAAAGGGUGACCAUAUUCAGGAAUGUCAGGGAAAAAUCAGGGAUUUCUUUUAACAUUGCUGUGGACAGCUUGAUAAGGUUGCCGACCGCUGUUUUUCAAUAUUUGAGAUUCGUGGAAUGAGACCUUUAGCCAAACGAGACACAAAAGGAGUUUUUUUUAAUCAUGAUAACAUCCAACAAGUGUCAAUUAAAAUUGAGUUGUAACUUUUUUGCGAGUAAGAAGGUUAGUUGCAAACAUUUUAAAAUUAAUGACGCAUCAAAUCUUAUACGCUUAUUGCCUCGAAAUAAAAGAAGGAAGAGCCACCUAAUGCGACAUUGACUUUAAAAUAGAUUUGUUCAAGUCAACAUAAGAAUAUUAGAAGUUUAUUAUUAAAGUUUUAUAUCACUAGGAGUGCAAGUCUAGGCUACA